AUGCUGCUGCCGCGGCUCUGCUGGCUGCCGCUGCUCGCGGCGCUGCUCCCGCCGGCGCCCGCGCAGAAGUUCUCGGCGCUAACGUUUCUCAGAGUUGACCAAGACAAGGACAAAGACUGCAGCUUGGACUGCGGGGGCUCCGCCCAGAAGCCGCUGUGUGCCUCGGACGGGAGGACCUUCCUAUCCCGCUGCGAGUUUCAACGCGCCAAGUGCAAAGACCCCCAGCUAGAGAUUGCUUAUCGAGGCAACUGCAGAGACGUGUCCAGGUGCGUGGCUGAGAGGAAGUACACCCAGGAGCAGGCCCGCCGGGAGCUGCAGCAGGUGUUCAUCCCGGAGUGCAACGAUGACGGCACCUACAGCCAGGUCCAGUGCCACAGCUACACGGGGUACUGCUGGUGCGUGACGCCCAACGGGAGGCCCGUCAGCGGCACCGCCGUGGCCCACAAGACGCCCCGCUGUCCCGGUUCCGUAAAUGAAAAAGUUCCCCAGAGGGAAGGCACAGGAAAAACAGAUGAUGCCUCAGCUCCAGCGCUGGAGACUCAGCCUCAAGGAGACGAAGAAGAUGUUGCAUCACGGUAUCCCACACUUUGGACUGAACAAGUUAAAAGUCGACAGAACAAAACCAAUAAGAAUUCAGUGUCCUCGUGCGACCAGGAGCAGCAGUCGGCCCUGGAGGAGGCCAGGCAGCCCAAGAACGACAACGUGGUCAUCCCCGAGUGCGCCCACGGCGGCCUUUACAAGCCGGUGCAGUGUCACCCAUCCACGGGCUACUGCUGGUGCGUCCUGGUGGACACCGGCCGCCCCAUCCCUGGCACGUCCACCAGGUACGAGCAGCCAAAAUGCGACAACACAGCCAGAGCUCAUCCGGCCAGAACACGGGACCUGUACAAGAGCCGCCAGCUCCAAGGUUGUCCUGGUGCCAAAAAGAACGAGUUUCUGACGAGUGUGCUGGAUGCGCUGUCCACGGACAUGGUCCACGCGGUCUCCGACCCCUCCUCCCCCGGCAGGCUCUCAGAACCUGACCCCAGCCACACGCUGGAGGAGCGAGUGGUCCACUGGUAUUUCAAACUGCUGGAUAAAAACAACAGCGGGGACAUCGGCAAAAAGGAAAUCAAGCCCUUCAAGAGAUUUCUUCGGAAGAAGUCCAAACCCAAGAAAUGCGUGAAGAAGUUUGUGGAGUACUGCGAUGUGAAUAACGACAAGUCCAUCUCCCUGCAAGAGCUGAUGGGCUGCCUGGGCGCGACCAGAGAGGAAGGCAAGGCGGACGCGAGGAAGCGCCACGCCCCUAGAGGGAAUGCUGAAAGCGCUUCCAAUAGACAGCCAAGGAAGCAAGGAUAA